GAUGACUUUGCGGUAAAUUGUUGAAAACACACUCGCAACAUAUUGGUCAAUAUCAACUAUGUUGUAUUUCAAGUGUUUUAUGACCGUGAAGUACAUGUAACCGAAGACAGUCCCCACGGGUAUGUUUCGGCAUCGGCUGAAGACGGGGAUCCACGGUCGGGGUGUUUUCUGGAUCAUAACCAUCUGCCAUCUUUGCGGUGUACAUCAGAUAAACACUUGGUUGCUGUUUAGCUGCUGCCUGUUAGCUUGAAAUCUAAAUUAUGUCAUCGGAGUUUGUUGCUUGUAUCAGGUACACGAACAGGCUAUUACUUAACUAGCUUUUUCUAAAGCUAGUCUUGCUAGCAGUGAUAGGCGUCGUUCUCCCUAACGUUAGUCCAGGGGAAUUUGCUGUUGUCGUUUUCCUUUCGUUUGUAUCAGUGAUAUUACAUAAUGAGGCGGUAAGCUUGUUGAUGUAGCUAGCUUAAUAUACCUACGCCAUACUUAACGCCUGUUACAAACAUUUUGGGAGGCAGUAGGCUAAUUGUAUUUUACAAUGGGAGGCAGCAGAAUUUACAUUAGCAUAGGAUAUGCUACCUUUGGCACCAUGGUUGGACUUUCGGCUUUCCUGGUCUGGAAUAUAGCAUACAAACAGCCAUGGACUGCGGCCAUGGGAGGCCUGUCAGGAGUUUUGGCGCUCUGGUGUCUUGUCACACACAUCAUGUACCUGCAGGAUUUCUGGCGCACCUGGCUCAAAGGCCUCAAGUUCUUCAUCGCUGUUGGUGUGCUCUUCUCAGUUUUUGCAGUGACCACUUUCAUUACCUUCCUAACUCUCGCCAUCACACAGAAGCAAUCUCCGACUGACCCGAGGAGCCUCUAUCUCUCCUGUGUGUGGAGCUUCCUGACUCUGAAAUGGUCCUUUCUCCUGGCCUUAUACUCCUACAGAUAUCGCCAGGAGUUUGCAGACAUCAGCAUCCUCAGCGAUUUCUAGUCAGUACUGGUUUUAUAGUCUGCAAUGGACUUUGGGGAGUUUUAAGCUGCCAGCAGGAGCUGGUCAAAGAGCUUUUGUAACAAAGAGGAGGAAAAGCAGACAAGGCUAGAUUUAAAAGGUCAUCUGACUCUUACUAUAUGGAGUUGCACUUGCUUAAACUCUGUAUUUGUAUUGUUACCUGUUCUCCUACUUUUAAUGACCCGGAUACUAUAUUCCUGUAAGUAGCCAUAAGUCUAAACCUCUGAAGACUGGAACUGGUUUUGGAUUGAUUGCUUGAGGCUGUUUAUCGAGAGACAUGCUCUUCAGACAGAUUUUAUCAUGAGAUUGUUUAAUCUUAAAACGGCUAACGCAUACAAGGAAAUCCCCACCAUAACAGGCGUUUAAUCAAAUAAGUUGUUAAAGUGAAAGUGAAAAUACUCCCAAAAGCCGAAAUCCUCAGAACCAAAACUAAAACCUCCUACCUGAAGCCACUCUGCUAAUUGGCUGACGGUGUUUGUUAGAGUGCUUGAAUGUUUGUACGCAAAUUAGCUUUUUCAGAGUUGCAGUCUUGAACCACAGAAUACUCUCGUCACUAGUGUCUGCAAAAUUGGUCUCUUAGCUCCCUUUCAUCGUCAAUGAAGCAGUUUGGGAAACCAUUUCUUUCUUUUUUUUUAAAUCCAUUCACCAAUAUGAAUAUAUUGAAUUCUCAUUCAAAGCUUUCUAGAUAUGGUAGUUAAUGUACUUACUUUCUCCCUUCAUACCCUGCUUCUCUUUUAGUAGAAUUGAAGAAAGGGCAUUCCUGUGGAAUUUGUGCUUUUCAUGUUUAUUUCCACCAGGGGGAGACAUUUUUCAGUCAAGAGUCCACUGGAAAAUUAUGACAUUCCUUUUUAGGAGAACGCAAAUGAAUUUGAAAAAUGAUUGCACUUUAGUCUUUCAUAUUGAUGCCAAUGUUUUACACUCAAAUCCUAAUACAAUGGAAUAAUCCUUUUACAUGGCCGUCUCUGUCUCACCCUUUUUUAAAUGUUGAAAGAUAAUAUAUGUAUCAUUUAUUUUACUGUUAGUAUGAUUUGUGUAAGUCAAGUCAAACUAGGCUGUGUAAGUGGUUAAGUCCCAGCUGUUCCUCAUGUCUGCCUGCUACCACAAAAAUGUUUAAAUGUAUUUUUGUUGUUGAGAGAUUAUGAAUGUGAGGGAUUAUGAAUGCGAGGAUGCUACAUGUAAAUAGAAACUGAACCCAUUAAAGUUGCAUUCAUCGGUAAUUA